AAUGGACGGGUUCAAAUUGGGAAAUAUCAACCCUGCCCAUUAUUUUCUUAGUCUUAUCACAGUGCUUGGUGAGUUAACCUACUAAACUGGAACAAUGCAGUCAAGUCUUGCUGUCCUAUAUAUUUUUUUCUUGGCCAGAGUUUAUACUUCAGCAUUUGAUGAUGGUGUGAACAGUGGCCCAUCAUCUGAACUGUCAACCUGCCCAGAGAUCCCCACAGUGGAUAAUGCAGAAGUUUCCACUACUUCUUUUAAAAGCAAAUAUAUUAAGGGAGAUUCAGUGACAUAUAACUGCCAACAGGGUUAUAUAGGAAGAGUAAUCUUUGUUUGUGAUGGACACAAAUGGCAAAAUAUUCGAAAUGCUAAAUGUUCACGUAAACGAUGUGAGCUUCCUGAAGAUAUACCAAAUGGUCGAUUUUUCCUUGUAAAUGGCACUGAAUUUGUUUAUGGAACCACUAUUAAAUACAUAUGCAAAACAGGUUACCGGAUGGUGAGUCGAGUAGACAACAGAACAUGUUUGGCUGAGGGUUGGAACAACCACUUGCCUCAGUGUGAAGAAAUAACAUGUUCUCUACCAGUAGCUAAGGAUAACAUCAUUGUGGAUGGACUUCCUGAUUAUGAUAACCCAAUAAGAUAUGGACAUCAGUUACAAUUCACUUGUCAUUCUACUGGACUUAAAUUAGUAGGGCCAAAAGAGGUCAUAUGUGGUGAAAAUGGAGAAUGGAGUAAUCCAUUCCCUACAUGUGAGGAAAUCGUUUGUGAGCUUAAACAGAUAAAUGGCAGUGUGGCUGUGGCUGGGCUUCCACAAAACAAUGCACCUAUUAAAUAUGGACAUAAGUUGCAGUUCUACUGCUUUCAGAAAGGCAUGCUUCUAAGCGGAAACAAGGAAGUCACCUGCUCAAAUGAAGGACAGUGGAGCAGCCCAUUUCCCAUAUGUGAAGAGGUUACUUGCAAAGAAGGAGAACUCCAAAAUGUAAAAAUUGUUUAUGGAAGUCCAGGAGUUUCCCCACCAUUUAAACCUAGACAUUCUUUGAACUUCGAAUGUACCAACCCUGGUUGGACUAUGACAGGACAAUCAUCGAUUACAUGCAGAGAAGAUGGAACAUGGAGUAGUCCAUACCCUACAUGUUCAGGCUGUGGCCCUCCACCACACAUUGAAUUUGCAGAUUUAACUACUUUACAAAAAUCCUACUAUGGAUAUGGAGAAAGAGUUGAAUACCGCUGCCAACAGUAUUACACUAUAUGGUCACUAUAUGGUCAGCCCUUCAAGACCUGUGCACAAGGAACAUGGAACGGAUUUGUGAAAUGUUUAAAACCCUGCAUUGUGACCAUAGAAGAUAUGGAUGCCAACAACAUAAAGCAAUAUUAUGGGCAAAAAAGAAAAAUGUACUCACAGCAUGGAGAUCAAAUUAGCUUUACAUGCCAGUCUGGAAAACGACCAACGAAUAAGGUGGCCUUCCGUCAACAGUGCAGAGAUGGAGUAAUGCAUUUGCCACUUUGCAUGUAAAGUAGAUCAGGUUACUACUAAACUAUAACUGAAGGGGUAUGUUUGUAACCCCAAUUUGAGUUCAUUUUAAAUUACUAUUGUUAGUUUGGUUUAAUGUCUUUUAAAGUAGAUACAUUUUCAUUGUCACAUAGAAAAUAUUCAUAGUAUCUCAGUGUCACUUCUAUAAAGGAAGUUUCAAGUAAAUCAUAUAAUGUAUUCUUAAAACAAUGUUUUAGAAUGUCCAGAAUGAUUGAGGUUGUUGGGAAUUGGAAUAGAUAUGGAGAUGUAAUCAUGUGACCUUAUGUGACAAAGUACAAAUUUAAUUGCUUACCAAUUUUCAGUCCCCUGUCAAAUUAUCUAACAGAAUAAACUUUAUACCUUGUCAAAUACAUAUUGUGUACCCUUGAUAAUUAAUCUGUGAAGACCAUGCACAACAGCACCAUCAAUGAUGCUAAGAAAAAUACACAGAAGUUAGGCUGGGGCUGAUUUCUUCCUAGCCUAUAAAUUCAUGUGGCUCAUCAGUGCAAGUUCCUAAUCUGCCACUAACCACUAGUAGGCGCCACCACUUCCUGACUCUUAUUGGAAGAAAGGAGAAAGGCAAAUGUAACUCCACUGAGAGCCCCUGGGAUAAAAGCCCCCCAAGGGACUCUCUCCCUCUCAUCCUAUACCGUAGUGAACAGACAAAAAGGAGACACCCUCUGAAGAAACACCUUAGUGAAAAAGAAAACAUUAGUCUUUGUGUGCACUUGGGGCCCUAUUUGCAGCAACACUAGAUUCCAAAAUGCAUUCAUCUUUCUUUCAUAUUACUUUAUCAUCACUUGCAAGUUGAACCCAACCAGCGCCAAAGCUGAGAGUAAUGCAUGAAGCGGCAAGACCCUUCUGUGCACUUCAAAUCAAGAUUUUGAUUUUUCCUUAGGACUAACAGGGGUGGGGAAUCACACCAAGAUGCACCAUUGCACAGAUUGCAAAUCACGUCUGCAUGACAUCUAUUACCUUGGACCACUUGAGCCGACCAACCAGAUUUCCUGCGAUGUGCAUAAGCAAGAGCAACUCAAAGUGAGACUGAGUAUCUGGGCAUUUUCUAUUUCUAGUAAAGUAAUUUUUAUUUUAUAACCUGAAUUUGACUUCAUUGUAUGCUGUUUCUUAUGACUCUUGUACUCUGGUUUCUUACACCCUCCUUCGAUUGUAUGUUUUUAUUUAUCAGGGCAUAAAUAGCAAUUGUGUGGACCUAACCAACUUCUAUAAACAAACAAAUAAUUUCAAGUGACAACAAAAAACACCAGAUUGUUUUGUUUUGGAAAAUCCCACAACAGUUCUAGAACAAUAUUAGAACAAAAUAUUCUGAGGACUGAUAAGACCAAAGGUGGAGAUGUUUGGUUAUCAUGCACAGCGUCAUCUUUUGUGAAAACCAAACAGAAUUUCACCACAAACACCUCACACCAACUGUCAGCAUGGUGGAGGAGGGUUGAUGACUUAGGCUUGUUUUGCAGCCACAGGCCCUGGGAAAAUUGUUGUCAUUGAACCAAUAUUUUAUACCAGAAUAUUCUUGAGACAAUGUGAGGCAGCUGUCCAGCAGCUUAAGCAGAGCUGAAAUUGAGUCAUGCAACAGGACAACGAUCCCAAGCACACCAGCAAAUUGACAUCUGAAUGUAAAGAAGGUGAUGGAAUGGCCAAGUCAAAGAGAUGCUGUGGCAGGAUCUUAAGAGAGCUAUGCAUAAAUGAAUGCCCUCAAACAUCAAUUAACUGAAGCAAUGCUGUAAAGAGAAGUGGGCCAAAAUUUCUCCAAAACAUAGUGAGAGACUGACAAACUCCUACAGAAUACAUUUGCUACAUGUGAUUCUAUUUGGUGUGCCAUUCCUCAGUCAAAAGGAGUUUCCUGAGAACCUCAGAAAAAGAGUUAUCAGUGCUCACCAGGCUAAGAGUUUGGUCUCUACUAAUCCACUGAGAGGCAGAUGAUAAAUGGAGGAAAUUCAGCACCACUGUUACUCUCCCAAGGAAUGGCUAUCCAGCAAAAACCAGUCCAUGGGUGUGGCAAAUAAUAUUAUGGGAAGUGAAAGAUAGUGUGCAGAUAGUAAGAAGGAAGCCACUACUCUCCAAAAAAUAAUAACAAUAAUAAUAAAAGAACACUGCUGCCCAUCUGGAGUUUGCCCAAGACAGCGUGGAUAAGCCAGGAGCAUAUUGGAAGAAUGUUUUGUGGACAGAUGAAUCCAAAAGAGAACCUUUUGGUUUAAAUGAAAAGCAUUAUGUUUGUCGAAAACCAAACCAUGCAUUCCAACAUCAGAACCUCAUCCCAUCUGUGAAGCAAGGAAGUGGCAGUAUCAAGGUUUGGGGCUGCUGUGCUGCUUUGGGUCUAGGACAGCUUGCAAUUAUUGAUGGAUGAAUUAAAUUAAAUUAAAUUAAAUUGUUAGGGUAACUGUAUGUAAACUAAAGCUUAACUGUAAGUUGGUCAUGCAGCAAGACAACACACAAAUAAAUCUAUAAAUAAAUGUUUAAAGGAGAAGAAAGUUAGCAUUUUGGAAUGGCCAAUUUAAAAGUCCAAACCUUAACCCAAUAUAAAUCUUGUGGAAGGACCUAAAAAAAAAAAAAAAAAAAAAAGAA